AUGGAAUCUGAAUUGGAUACGUUAUCACAGGAUGUCUGUAAUGCUAUCAAUUGCUCUGGUUUACUACCUCACGAAUUGACUCUGAAAGUUGGUGUUCCCGUCAUGCUACUGCGUAACAUUGAUCAGUCGAAUGGGUUAUGUAACGGAACAAGAUUGCAAGUCAGAAGAUUGGGUAACCACGUGAUCGAAUGCAUUACACUAACAGGUGACAAGGUAGGUCAAGUGGUUCUAAUAUCCCGCAUGAAUAUGAUUCCCAAUAACCAAGCUUUACCUUUCAGGUUCCAACGUAGACAGUUUCCUAUUAUUGUCUCUUUUGCUAUGACGAUUAACAAAUCACAGGGACAGACACUAAGUAUUGUUAGAUUAUACUUACUGAGACCAGUAUUUACACAUGGACAACUAUAUAUAGCAUUAUCAAGAGUCAACUCGAAGGCUGGAUUGCGAGUACUUAUUCAAAACAGUGGAUACAUGUUAUCAAAGUCAACAAUAAAUGUAUAUAGAGAAAUCUUUCAGAACAUAUAA